UGACAUUUGACAGUCAGGCAUAAUUAUUGUGUUCUCAUCUGUGUGUGAUGUUUUUUUAGAUUUUGCUUGCUUGCAUUAAAGAAUUCUUCCAAAUUGUAAUACUCCAUAAUUUCAUCUAUUCAAAAACUUAUCUGUGAAUUAACCAUGACUACCCCAACACCCGAUAACCCUGACAAUUUUGAUCAGUUUGACGAAGAUGAAACUGAGCAGCAGCUAGGAGCAACUGCAUCUGGACGAAAAAGGCUCUUUAGCAAAGAACUUCGAUGUAUGAUGUAUGGAUUUGGUGAUGAUCAAAAUCCGUACACUGAAAGUGUGGACUUUUUAGAAGAUCUUGUUAUUGAAUUUAUAACUGAAACAACACACAGAGCAAUGGAAGUGGGUAGAACAGGAAGGGUACAAGUUGAGGAUAUCAUAUUCUUGGUCCGCAAAGAUCCACGUAAAUAUGCCCGUGUCAAAGAUCUGCUCACUAUGAAUGAAGAGCUCAAGAAGGCUAGGAAAGCUUUUGACGAAGUUAAAUACGUUGAAGAUCAACAAUAACAUUGAUGGUCAAACGGACAACAUCAUCCUACUAAGACUGAUGCAAAAUGAAAUCAAAAACUAUUAGCUGGUGAGUACUCUACAAUCCAGCAGUACAGUCUUGGACUUGGACACUGUUCAAAUCAAAGGCUAUUAUAGCUAAGUAAAAUAUUGUAUUAAUUUUAAGUAAAUUGUAUCUUUAUUGUUGAAGAGAAUAUAAUUAUAAGAGCAUUCCAA